AGAGAGAGAGACGGAGAAAGGCGAUGGAGAGGAGCGCUCCGACUAGGAAGCCGCUCGCCUCGACGACGGAUCUGCUGACCUGGACGGAGGCGCCGCCCCAGGAUCCAGCCGCGUCGGCCUCCCGCCGACCGCACCAGCCGACGGAUGGGGUCAGCAAGGUGGUCUUCGGGGGGCAGAUCACCGAGGAGGAGGCCGAGAGUAUCCAGAAGAGACCCAUGAAAACCCCUAAUGAUGUCGGUUUUCUUCUCAGGAAACCUUGUUCGGGUCCAAAGUUAAAAGAAAUGACUGGUAGUGGCAUUUUCGCAACUGACAGCGAAGAUGAACCGUCAGGACCAGGUAGUUCUUUCUCAACACCUAACGAGCGAACAGGUCUGCGGAUGUAUCAGCAAACAGUAAAUGCAAUGAGCCAUAUAUCAUUCAGCACUGAUGAGACAGUUUCUUCACAUAAAAAGCCAACCUCACUUGCUGAGGUAGCAAAGCAGCGAGAACUAACUGGGUCUCUGCUGAGUGAAUCGGAUGAUAGAUUGAUGAAGCAGUUGUCUGAUGCAAAAUGCAAGGAACUAAGUGGACAUGACAUCUUUGCUGCCCCAGAAGUUUUGCCAAGGUCAUCAGGAUGGAAUUUGGAGAUGAAUGACAGUGACCUGAGGGAAACCACUCCAAGAAACUUACAGUCACCGGUUAAAGUCCCUCAAGCUGGGGGUGCGAGCAAUCUCUUGUUCGGUGAAGAACCAGAGGUGAAAUCAACUAAGAAAAUUCACACCCAGAAAGUGGCAGAACUGACAGGCAAUGGCAUCUUCAAAGAUGAUGCCACACCAGGUGCGGUGGAAAAAACACUUAGUACGGCAAAGCUAAAGGAGAUGAGUGGUAGUGACAUCUUUGCUGAUGGCAAGGCUCCCUCACGAGAAUAUCUUGGCGGUAUCCGCAAGCCUCCUGGUGGUGAAAGCAGCAUUGCUCUAGUUUGACCUCUGUGACUCAGUUGUUUCGGACUUGUAGGGUUUGAUGAUUAUAGUGUUGAAGUGUUUAUCUGAACUCUGUUUUAAGUAGCACUCUAUGGCAAUGAUAAUAAACUAUUGUUUGAUGCUAUUCCUAAUGAGUUUCUCGAGUGUUGUAAUUAACCUUUGAACUGUGCCUAUAGUUUGUGGCAUCUAAUUUAACAACUGAUUGGAAUAA